CGCUGUUGCCAGGGGAACGGGCCCAGUGCCUGGCGAGGCACAGCCCGCCUCGGCCUGGCCCUGCCGCUCAGCCAUCCCACCCGACCUGGAGCGGGAGGACUACCCUGCCCAACCUCCAUCCGGGAUGGGGUCCCGCUUCGGGACGCACCGUCUCCCGGUCCCGGGGAUCUUUUCUGCCGUGACAGUCUGAAGCGCAUCUGCCCCGGGGAGGGUGGACAGCCAGGCGCGGGGCCGAACUACUAGCUGACCUUGGUAGGGCCAAUCUGGCACGGCCGCCACCACGCGCAGAUGCUUUCAAGCCAGGAAACCCUUUCUGAGCAUCUUUUAAGUACAAGGGGCUCCUGAAAGGACAGUCCAGCUGCCAGAGUUUUAUCCCCAGGUCCAGGCCUUCCCACCAGGAGCUCAGAGCUGGCCUCUCUCCAGUGUGGCACUGUAGGGAGGGCUCUACUCCCCUUUUGGGCCCAGAAGAUACUGAGGAUGGGGCCUUUUCUCCUGUGAGGACAGGCCCAUCCCUUCCUGGCCUGUGUGAAUCCUUGGCCUCUGGGCCAGCUAUUGGGCUGAAGGAGGCAAGAUGAACAUCUGCAACAAGCCCUCCAACAAGACGGCCCCUGAGAAGAGUGUAUGGACAGCGCCUGUGCAGGCCAGUGGACCUUCCCCGGAGCUGCAGGGCCAGCGCUCCCGCCGGAAUGGGUGGAGCUGGCCCCCUCACCCACUUCAGAUUGUAGCCUGGCUGCUGUACCUCUUCUUCGCGGUGAUUGGCUUUGGGGUUCUUGUUCCCCUCCUGCCUCAUCACUGGGUGCCUGCUGGCUAUGCUUGCAUGGGCUCCAUCUUUGUUGGCCACCUUGUGGUGCACCUGACUGCAGUCUCGAUUGAUCCAGCAGAUGCCAAUGUGCGGGACAAGAGUUAUGCAGGGCCUCUGCCCAUAUUCAACCGCAACCAGCAUGCGCAUGUCAUUGAAGAUCUGCACUGCAACCUGUGCGACGUGGACGUGAGCGCUCGCUCCAAGCAUUGCAGUGCCUGCAACAAGUGUGUGUGCGGCUUCGACCACCACUGCAAGUGGCUCAACAACUGUGUGGGCGAGAGGAACUACCGGCUCUUUCUACACAGUGUGGCAUCUGCUCUGCUGGGUGUCCUGCUCCUGGUGCUGGUGGCCACUUAUGUCUUUGUAGAGUUCUUUGUCAACCCUAUGCAGCUGCGCACCAACCAACACUUUGAAGUCCUGAAGAAUCACACAGAUGUGUGGUUCGUGUUCUUGCCGGCUGCCCCUGUGGAGACUCAGGCUCCUGCCAUCCUGGCCCUGGCUGCUCUACUCAUCCUUCUGGGCCUGCUUUCCACAGCGCUGCUCGGCCACCUGCUGUGCUUCCACAUUUAUCUCAUGUGGCACAAACUCACCACCUAUGAAUACAUCGUGCAGCACCGCCCGCCACAGGAGGCAAAAGGGGCCCAAAGGGAGCUCGAGUCAUGUCCCACCAAGAUGCGGCCCAUUCAGGAGAUGGAGCUCUACAUGAGGACCUUCAGCCAUGUACGCCCAGAGCCCCCUGGCCAGGCCAGGCCAGCGGCAGUAAAUGCUAACCCCUCCCGGUUUCUUGUGGCUCAAAACCAAGUUGAACCUCCACGGCCCUCCUCCCCCGACGCUCCAGCCCUGCCUCCUGCCCUACGACCCCAGAAAAAAAGGAAGCGACGCAGGUAUAAGGUGCCGAGGUUUGGAAUCUUGGACCAGGAGUCCCCGCUGCCUAAGUUGCGGGGCUCCCAAGCUCCUGACUGGCGCUCCAGCUCCUCGGAUAGCUCCAGCGCCAGCCCGGUGCGUGCUGCUGGCUCGGCAGGCGCCUACCACUCUGCAUCAGCUGAAUCCAUGGACGAGAUUCCAGUGGCGCAGACGCGCCUGGGCAGCGCCGCCCUGGCCACCCCUGUAGGGAAAGCCCGAGAGUUCGGGCUGGCGCUGCAGGCACGUGCGCCCGCCGUGUUCGUGAGCCCAAGCAGCGGCGAACCGGGGACGCCGAGUGGCAAGGAGGGCGGCCUGUCUUAGCUAUGCCAAGGCAGGAGGGCCGAGAGGAGCGGCCGGCCGCACUCUAUGCAACACCCGACCCGCGCCGCACCGAGUGCACUUUAGGGGCCCCACGGCCGGCGGGAUCGACCUCCGUCCCCCACGACUUAGCAAUAUCUACCCCACCGGCCCUGACGCUCCAAUAAACUUUUUUUAAUGCUUUUGCGGA